UCUUCUGUUUUCUUUACUAAUGGGAGCAGUAAUUUUGUUGUACACCAUUCUACUUCUCUUUCUCCACUCAUCAAUGGCUGCAAUUCCCACCAAAAAAACCUACAUUGUACACAUGAAACAUCACCUCAAACCUCCUUCUUUCUCUACUCACCAUCAAUGGUACAAAUCCUAUCUCCAGUCUCUCACUUCUUCAAAUAAAAAUUCUCUUCUCUACACUUACGACAUUGCCUCUCACGGUUUUGCUGCAAGUCUUUAUCCCCAUGAAGUUGAUUUACUCCGCCAAUCUGAUUCUGUCGUUAAUGUCUAUGAAGACACUUUUUACACCCUUCAAACAACCCGUACCCCUGAAUUUCUUGGCCUCGAUAAUCUCAAUUCAUGGGCUGGACGUACUUUACCAGAAUUAAAUAAUGCUGCUCAAGAUGUUAUUAUUGGAGUUCUUGAUAGUGGAAUUUGGCCCGAGUCUAAAAGUUUUAGUGAUGUGGGCAUGUCUAAUGUGCCGUCUAGAUGGCGUGGUGAAUGCCAAUCGGCACCUGAUUUCGACCCGAAUGUGCGUUGCAAUAAGAAACUUAUUGGUGCUCAGUAUUUUGUUAAAGGUUGUAAGGCCUCUAGCAGCUGCUCUGAGGAGAUUGAAUCGCCCCGGGACCAUAACGGUCAUGGCACUCAUACUGCGAGCACAGCUGCAGGAUCCAUUGUGGCAAAUGCUAGUCUCUUUGGCUAUGCGAAAGGGACUGCACGAGGGAUGGCACCACAAGCCCGUAUAGCGAGCUACAAAGUGUGCUGGAAUGAAACUUGUGCUGGCUCUGAUAUUCUUGCUGCCUUCGACCGUGCUAUUAUGGAUGGUGUUGAUGUAUUGUCCGUGUCAUUGUCUAAUAAUGCAACAACAUAUUACAACGAUGCCAUUGCUCUAGGUGCUUUCGCUGCUAUUGAGAAAGGCAUUCUUGUGUCGUGUUCAGCCGGGAAUGAUGGUCCUAGGAUAUCAACAGUUGUGAACACGGCUCCAUGGGUAAUUACUGUUGGUGCUGCAACUCUUGACCGAGACUUUCCUGCUUUUGUUACUUUGGGUAAUGGCCAAAGACUUCAAGGUGUGUCGUUGUAUAGUGGAAAAGAAAUGGAAAAUAAAUCACUGAGCUUAAUUUACCCAAAAGGAAACAACUCGUCUAGCAAUUUGUGCUUACGUGGUUCGCUUGAUCCAAAUGUGGUUCGUGGAAAAGUAGUAUUAUGUGACCGGGGGGCUAAUGAUAGAGUUGAGAAGGGACUGGUAGUGAAGGAAGCAAAUGGAAUAGGUAUGAUAUUAGCCAAUACACCCGAAACAGGAGAGGAGUUAGUCGCGGAUAGCCAAUUAUUGCCUGCAGUGGCUGUUGGGAGGAAGGUGGGGGAUGUAAUAAGAGAAUAUGUGAAAACAGAAAGCAAUCCAACAGUUGAUUUUACUUUUCUUGGGACAGUGGUGAAAGUUAAACCAUCCCCAGUUGUCGCUGGAUUUAGCUCAAGAGGGCCAAAUGCAAUUGCUCCUCAGAUAUUAAAGCCUGAUGUCAUUGGUCCUGGAGUGAAUAUCUUGGCAGCUUGGCCUGAAAAUGUAGGGCCAACUUCACUUGAUGUUGAUACGCGAAAGACUUCAUUCAAUAUCAUUUCUGGCACUUCUAUGGCUUGUCCUCAUGUUACAGGAGUUGCUGCAUUGAUAAAAGCUGUACAUCCAGAAUGGAGUCCAAGCGCGAUUAAAUCAGCAAUCAUGACAACUGCGUACAAUCAAGAUAACACCAACUCCUCAUUUCGUGAUUCUGCAGAGGACGGUAUAUUUUCCAAUCCAUUGGCUCAUGGAUCAGGCCAUGUAAAUCCCCAGAAAGCACUCUCCCCAGGACUCGUGUACGACAUUAGAAUUCAGGAUCAUAUCAAGUUCUUGUGCUCCUUGGACUACCCUAUGGAUCAAAUACAAGCUAUUGUCAAAAGAGUCAACUUCACUUGUGCAAACAAGUUUGCAGACGCUGGGCAGAUCAAUUACCCCUCGUUCUCGGUCUUGUUUGGGAUUAACUCAACACGAGUUGUUCGUUACACUCGGGAAGUGACCAAUGUUGGAGCUGCAGAGUCUGUGUAUGAAGUAGCCAUAGAUGCUCCUUCAUCUGUUACAGCGACUGUGAAGCCGCCAAAGCUUGUAUUCAAGAAAGUAGGAGAAAAACUCCAUUACACAGUCACAUUUGUGUCCAAGAAAGGUGCUAAAACAGGGAAUGCAUUUGGUUGGAUUUCAUGGGAAAAUGCUGAAAAUCAAGUGAGGAGUCCAGUUGCAUUUUCCUGGAUGACAGACCUCAAUUAGAUUGGAAACAUUCCUUUUUCCCAGUGAAAUAUUUGCAUGUAUGGUGCUAAUUAAUGCUUUAACUUAUAGGGUGCUAAUCCUAUCA